AUGUAUCUGGGAUACCAGAUACAGGAAGAGAGGAGAGUGGCGAGUGAGAUAGGAGGGAGGCAAAAUGAAGCUCAUACAGGAUGCCUUAUGGAUUGCCAAUGCUUGCCUAUCUCGUUCUUCUCAUCAUCAUCCUCAAGUUUUCAGGACCUUUCCUGCACUUCCAAAUAUUGUACGGGGAACAGGCCAAGUUCAAACUCUUUUUUCAGAAAGCUUGAUAGGGAUGAAAAGGCUUAUGGUAGAUCUGGGCCAGGCUCCAUGUUUAGUUCUGGGAACAGAUCUAGUUUACUGGAUGGUCUGGAUGAGAGUUUUGAUACAUUAUCAGAUGGGAUAGAUGGUAAGUUGAAGGAAGAAGCCAGAUAUUUUGAGUUUGAUCCUGAUGAAGUAGAAAAAGAUGAUUAUGCUUACAGAGCAGAUAUGACCUUUCGGCCAGGAAACAUUUAUGGAAUCAUGGUAUGA